AUGGAUCUGCGCACAGCGCCAAACGCUGUUGAUGACGAUUACGAUGAAGAGCCGCCGGUACCUAUCCAGACUGAGACUAUAGAUGUGUAUCUGCUGAGGCCAGAAGAGUCACGCGAAAUUGAAAUCAAGGAUUUUACUAUCAUGAAGCCUAAUAAAAGCAAGAUGCAUCGCCUUAUCCGCUUCUAUCCUCAUUGUGAUAUUACGUACCGAGCCACGUUGUCCGCCGACGAAACUACGGUGAUGUCCCUUAGCGGCACCGUGGCGAACACGAUACUGCCAGAAAAUCAUCCUCGUCAAAACGGUGGCUUUAGCAAUCCCAGUCGCAACGCAGAAAUUUUCAGACUCAAGAGCGACUUGCUUCAAGAAUACUUUGCCUCGGUGCAAGAUGAUGAUCGAGAAGCUGCUAUGUUUGACGCGCUCAUUGGCCGGUGCGCCCACCCUGCUCAGCACCCCAGUUCUGUAUUUAGUGCUGGGUUCAGUGAUCAACCAGAGAAGAAUGACACGGCUCUUGCAUUUUUACGUGAGCGACGGUCGCUGCCCAAGUUCAAGCGUGUGGAAAUGGAAGAAGAUUGCAUCCCAUUGGCAGGUUAUGAACCAGGAUGUUUAACGCCCGAUGAGCGUCUGAAGUACGUGUCGUCACUCUGGCCAAGCCUAGCACCUGUCGACGAUGACGAAGAUAUUAUGUAUUAUUACGGAAUUGAAGUGCAGAUCGUUUCAGAGAAAGAAAGAGAGAAGGAUCUAGCUGUGGAGAACGAGCUGGAAGAGAAAAGCGAUAUGCAAAAGGAAGGCAAAUUAUCUCUGGUAGCAGCCACUUCAGUGACGGGGAUGGCUUUGAUAGAUAUAGCAUCAUCGACCAAAGCAGAAGGUAAGGUCAGUAGCUCGGAGACAGCACCAACUUGUUCUCCUGAGAAAUCUACAAAAUCGCGAAGUGCAGCGUUUCAGAAGCUAGAAGAGGCGGCAGUAGAAGAUGACGAUGAGAUUAAGCCGAAUCCUAUCGCCACAAAGCAGGAUGACUGGGUACAGUGCGACAAGUGUCAAAAGUGGCGCAGACUACCGAACCAAGUUAACGUGUCGGAGCUGCCAGCUAUUUGGUACUGCAAAAUGAACCGUUGGGACAAGCAUCACAAUAAAUGCGCGGCACAAGAAGAGAAGCUUGUUGUGUAUAUGAAAGGAGCAGAUUUGGCGGAAUACCGUCAGCGAAAGUUUGUUCAGGACUUUGUUCAGCGCUGCAAGCGUCUAGAUAAAUUGACGCACCACUACAUGUACACACAUUUUCACGAUGAUGAUGGAGAGCGAAAAUUUGUGCAGUGCAUGGAAUGCCUCAAGCUACGUCCACUGAUUGGUGGCAUGGACCCAAACAAGGUAGCUGAACCUUUCGUUUGCUGGAUGAACUGGGACGAGCUUUUGGCGAGUUGCUCGGCACCCGAAGGGUUGCUUUAUCCCCGGACGAAUCCAGAACGGUAUAACUCAGCAGCGCGAUGUGAAAGCAGUGUCUUGUAUGUCUUACCUGACGUUGCUGAGGACGAUGCUGUUAGAAGGAAGGGGUUUCAUACCGUAAGUGACCCAGCUACGUUCGGAGACGGUCGUGCAUGCAACAAAUCAGGUAGAAAAGGAAAGCGCAAGAAUGGUUUUGGGACUACUGAGAACGGUGCGAGUGCCGGUAAAGCAGGAAUGGGAAAGAAGACAAAACGAAGAACUUUAGCACAAUAG